GCGGUAACAGCGUGGAGCAACUGGACUUUGACGCCGAGGAGGAGGGAUUUUAAGUAAAGUUAAACCCAUCAGGAGGAACGCUGUGUACUUGUACUUGGACGCUGAACAGCUGGAGGUAAUGACUGACCUGGGGGUCUCCUUGGCGGUGUUGGGAGCUGCGGUGCUCCUCAGCGAAGUGAGCCGCCGGACGGCAGCGCGUCUGUUCCCUGGAGCUUAUUGGAUUUACCUUCUGGAAGCGGCGUCCACCUUCCAGCUCUGCUGCUGCACUCAUGAACUCAAACUGCUGGGCGAAACGGCCCGGUUAGAGCUGCCGGUCAGCCUAACCCUCACCUACACAAUGACGGUCGUCCACCUACUAACUUUCCGGGGAGCGAUGUGUAACCCCACCGGGGCUUUGGAGAGCUUUUGCCGCGGGACCAGCAACGGCAAGGCGGCCGCCGUCCUCAUAGCAUGCCAGUUCGGAGCUGCGGUCGCCGCGCAGUUCUUCGCAGCUUCCGUGUGGUCGCUGGGUUUCUCCGACAUCCACCUCCGGCACCAGAAGUUUGGGUUCAGAUGCUUUGACCCGCUCGGUGGGACUUUGCUGGAGGCCGCGGCCGUGGAGCUGGCCUGCGCGUUCAUAGUCCAGGCUGCGGCCAUGCAUGUCCACAAAGUGGACGAGAAACUCCGAGCUCACUGCAUCGCUGCUGUCAUCACCGCUCUGGUUUACACAGGUGGAAGCAUUUCAGGAGCUGUUUUUAACCCUGUCCUGGCCUUCUCCAUCCAGUUCCCCUGCAGCGGCCACACUUACAUGGAGUACUGCUUUGUCUACUGGCUAGGACCAAUCCUGGGUGUGGCAAGCUGCAUCCUUCUGUUUGAGAAGAUUAUCCCCUUCCUCUCUGGAAAAAGUACCAUUGGGCUGGAUGUCCCAGCUGUCCAGAAACAGAAGACACAGUAGCAGUGAGGUGGAGACAGGCCACAUUCACCAGAGCAUACUUUUUAUUCUGUGUCUGUGUGAAUAAUACCAGGAUAAAUAGAUUAUUUUCUCCUUUUGUCAUUAACAUUUACAAAGGCAGCACAUUAAGUCCAGUAAUAACUUGUACUGUUCAUGUGUCAGAAUGCGACUGAUGGCUAUGAAGGGUUUAAAGCCACUGUUUUGUAAUGUUAGUUUUGGUUUUAGUUUUCUCUUUCAUGGUUCAAGUUGUGGCAACAGCAAAUGAUAAGUGAUGAGUGUCAAAACUUGCAGCUGCAGGUAGUUUUCAAACUUCAGCGAUUUGUGUGUUACGUCCGUGAUUCAGAUCAGAUCUUUGUGUACUGUACAGAUUGCAUAGAUAUCAUACCAAUCAAAUUACAGUACCAACAGAAUAAGUCAGAACUAAAAAUUCAGUAAAAUUUCAGUUCAACUCAAUUUUUUUGUAUUGUUAUCAUGACAGAUUUAAGCAUAUGUAACGCUUAUAAAUAUACCUGUACUUGAGUUUUGCCAAAUGUUUUUUCAUAUGAAGACUGACAGAAGCACAACACUACAGAUGAAGUGUAUGUAACCAAGUGUUACUGCUGAAAUGAAGCAUUUCUUGUUCAGAGACUGUAACUCACUGCAUCACUAGUUUACAUGAAACUACACCAAAUGGGAAACAAUAUGAAAAUAGCUGGAAGCACUUUGGUUGCAAAACAUAAAAAUAUUGAAACUUGAAAUGCACACAGCUUAACCAAAGUGUAAAGUAAGUAAGACACUAUAGCAACUUAAAUUUGUAAUUUUCCCUAUGCAGUUUGGUUGAUUUAUGAGCAUCAGAAGUUUCAAUAAAUGUCUUCAGUUUUGCAAGCAGGGUGCUUCCAGGUAUAUUUAUGAAAGUCCUUUUUAUAUUCACUGGAUAUAAGUUAACAUAAGUGCACAAAGUGAGACAGAAGACAUUUUCUCAAUGCCAAAGGUCCAAGUGACAUUCCUAGAAAAUACAUGUAUUAGUGUUAAGGAACAAUAACUAAUUUUAUGACAUAAUUUCAGCUACUUUACAGUACGUGAGAAUCUUUGAAAUCCCAAGAAAAGAGUUUUGAAGCAAAGUGAAUUAAAGGUGAAGUGAAACAAUGUUUUAUGGGUUUGGUCUGUCUUAGUUUGAUUUCGGGUGUACUUUGCACAGUUGUCAAAACUUUACACUUUAAGUUUUCAUAGUACACUUGAUAUGUAAACACAACUUAAAGAGAACUGGGUUUCACUGUUAUCACUGUGAUUCUGAUACUGUUUGAGUUUAGAUGACCAAAGCUUUUACUGUUGAAUCUUAAUGUUCUCCUGCUCAAAUCAUGUUUGACUUUAUGUUCCCCUCCAGCUGAUAAUUUACUGUUUAUCCUUCAACAGUAUACUAGUGUAAUAUUUGCAUUGCAUUCUUUUUCUGUCAAAAGUGAAGACACUUCCAUCUCUGUGUUCAUAAAGGGCAUGGUCAUUUGCAUUUUUAAAUACCUCCAGAGUCUGAAUGGUCAAAACAAUUUGUGUUUCUGAGAGUUGAUGAAUAUUUAAAUAAUGUGAAUAAACUUCAAUUUUGUCUUACA